AAGCCAUGAAGAUGAGUCUUCCUAUGAGUCGCCUGAAGGACAUGGCACCCGAGUCUGAAGAGGUCUGGAUGUUGGGGGUACCUGAGAAGUACCUGUUCAGACCAAAGACUCCCGAGUUUCAGGGGAUGUGCCUGGCCGAAUUUGCAUCAGACUACCGGGUAGUCUACGGCGAGCAAGCACAGGGCCCCAGUGCCAUUGCCCUUUUGUGUGACAAAGGACAUAUUGCCAAGAGGACAGCCGGAAAACCAGCAGUCGUUCGAUAUGCGCGCUUCUCUGAGACCAAGGCGCCAGAGAAACAUUUCAGACGACUGCUAAAGCUGUACCUCCCCCACCGAUCUGACGACGAACUCAACGACGGGGGUCGCACCUCGUACGAAGAGUUCUACAAAUCCCGACGCGACGUCAAGGACAUCGUGGAGCACAACAGGAAGCGAUUCGAGGGACGAGGCGGAGGCAUGGAUAAGGCACUCCAGAACGUCCAGUUCGGUCCGGUCCUCAACGCUUGGAACACGUUCGCACCCGAGGUUGAGGCGGAACGGCAGGAGUGUCUUGAGCUCCGUGAAAAGAUCCCAGAGGAGCAGGACGAAGACGCCGUGCCCGACUUUGAAGACCUGAAUGUCGGUGAACCCGUUCCCCGAAUCGAGGCGCCUCGGUUAAGUCCAGACUUUGUCCGCAAGAUGUUUCAGAGUCUGAACGAGACCCAGGCGUGCGUCUUCUACGCUGUGCGCCAGUGGUGCCUUCGGCGUGUGUGGGGCCAAGAUCCAGAACCGUUCCACUACUUUGUCUCUGGUGGAGCUGGUUGCGGUAAGUCCCACGUCAUCAAGUGCAUUCAUGAGGAAGCAACGAGGAUUCUGCGGCAGCUCCCGAGAUUCCGGGACGCAGCUGACAUGUCCCAGCCCACUGUCCUUCUGACUGCCUUCACGGGCACGGCAGCCUUUAACAUCGCGGGCAAAACGUUGCACUCUGUCCUUAAGCUUCCCAGGUCCCUGGAACCACCGUACCAGGGCCUGGGCAAUGCACUUGAUGAACUUCGAGCAACUUUGUCUUCGGUGGAAAUUCUCAUCAUCGAUGAGAUUUCCAUGGUUUCCAAGAAGCUGUUUGCCUACGUCAACUGGCGAUUCCAGCAGCUCAAAGGAAACCGAAGACCUUUUGGCGGCAUUUCCGUUCUCGCAGUCGGUGACUUUUACCAGCUGCCGCCGCUGGGCAGGGCCAAGCCGCUCUGUGUCUACGAGGAGACAGAGUUCGAUCUCUGGAGAGAGCGCUUCACCAUGGUCAACCUCACGGAGAUCAUGCGCCAGAAGGAUGACCGAGCGUUCGCCGAACUCCUCAAUCGACUGCGUGUCAAGCGCAAGCAAGAUCCUCUGUGCGCUGCGGACAGAGGCUUGCUCAUGAGAGCCGUCUCUGACGGCAAAGAUUGCCCGCCAGGAACGCUGCACGUCUUUGCCACCAACAAGCAGGUAGAUGGUCACAACGCAGCCACCGUGGCCUCCCUGCUUAAAGGGGACGUCAAAAUAGCGGCCGAGGACUACAGGAAGGAUGUCGCUACCGGCAGGAAGGUGCCUGUGCCCAACAUCAAAGGCACCAAGAGAGAUUUGCCUGACACCAUAAUGGCAGCUGAAGGAGCAAGAGUUAUGCUGAUCAGGAAUCUCAACGUGGAGGAUGGCCUUGUCAAUGGAACCUUCGGGACCAUCUCCACCAUUCUGCCUGACAGACGUGACCCUAAAGUCGUGAGCUUUCUUGGACUUAAACUAGAUAAUACCACAGCAGGACAGACUCUCCGCAAAAAGCUUCUGGGCCCCUCGGACGACUUGGUGUACGUCGAGAGAUCCGAGGAGAGCAUCGGUCGCAAGGGCGGAGUCGUGAGACGUCAGUUCCCCGUCAAGCUGGCCUUUGCGUGUACAGCCCACAAAGUUCAGGGAAUGACGGUGACGUCGGCUGUCGUGAGCCUGAAACGCAUGUUUCAGCCAGGCAUGGCGUAUGUGGCGCUAAGUCGCACCACUUCGCUUCAGGGUCUCACCAUCACCGAUUUUGAUGAGACAAAAAUCUAUGCUGACCCUGCCAUUACGACAGCUUUGGAAGACAUGCGCAGCGCGAGUUUCCAGAGUGUUACUCCGCUGUUGCACCGCUUCAACCGGACGGAGCGACCAGAUGCAGAGGUGACAAUCGUCCAUCAUAACACCCAAGGGCUUCCAUCUCACAUGGUGGACCUGAAGUUGCAUCACGAACUCAGGUUGGCAGAUGUGCUUUGUCUCACCGAGACACAUCUGUCAGGGUCCUCUGUAUCCUCCUCCUUUGAUCUGGAGGGAUACACUGUGUUUCACCGCAGCAGACAGGCGUGUUACACCACGUGCAGGGACAUGGCGUCAAAGGCCGGGGGUGGAGUUGCCGUGUACUGCAGGAGCGCUCUGAUGGCGGAGGCGCCGAGCUGCAUGGGACGUGUCACAGAUCUCGAAUGUCUGGUCGUGAAGGUUGAGGUCCCAGUCAAAGUGCUAAUAGCAACUGUGUAUAGACCCCCAGAUUUUGGUUUGCAAAAGUUUCUGCCAAACCUCAACGCUCUCUUGGACACAUUGGAACUGUUGGAUCACCACCCUAUUGUUGUUUGUGGUGACUUCAAUGAAGACCUCCUCUCUAGAGGCAAAAAAAGCAUAAGAGAUGCACUUCUGUCCAGAGGCUACAACCAAUUGAUCACAGAGUCUACCACAGACAAGAACACUGUGAUUGAUCACAUUUACAUUUCCCAACCUGAGAAAUGUGUUCAGUCAGGUGUUCUCCAAACGUAUUAUAGCUAUCACAGCCCGGUCUAUUGCAUUUUGACUGGCUAAAGCCUCACCAGCCAACACUGAUUUUGUGUCACACACUCACUUUGUGACACAUCAGCGUGUUGUGCUGUCCGAUUUUACAGUUGUGUCACACGUUUUUCAUGUGGCACAUUGUUCUGCUGUGUUUUGUUCUUGCUCUGAUUUGUUCUUUGAGUUCCAGGCCUGAGGGGGUCCAGGAGGUGCAGUGGUGAGAUCAGACGUCCUCCCACAAGUCCCCUCCUCUCGGACGCCCAUUCCUUUUGGAAGUCUUCUACAGCCUCCCCAUAGGCAUGUCUCAGAAUUUGGACUUGGCUUCCUGUGGUCCAGGGAGCGGGGUGUGUAGUGUGCAGUGUCGGCCGACGGCCUGUAUAGGUCCGGUAACGGCUGUAGCUCCACAUCUGCUUCCACGGCCUGCUACGACGGGACAUGCCUCAGACAACACAGAAGACCUCCAGAAGGCUGAAAGAAAAGGCUGAAUGUUGUAAAUAAAAAAUGUAUAGUAUAUAAAAAUU